AUUAUUUUGAAUGUAUUGCAGCUGGUUUAUUUUUGAGUAUAUAAGCCCGCUAGUUUUUUUUCAACAGCAUCAGUUUUUUUUAACUCUUCUUGUAGUGUAACAAUUACAAACAAAGCAAUCAAAAUGGCAUUCAAGUUGGUUGUCUUCGCCGCCGUUUUGGCAUACGCUCAUGCCGGUAUUGUUGGUGCUCCAUUGGGAUACGCCGCAGCUCCACUCGCUCACGCUCCACUCGCUUAUGCUGCUGGUCCAGCUAUCGCUCAUCCAGCACCUCUUGCAUACGCCGCCGCUCCAGCCAUCGCUAAAGUAGCAGCCCCAGUUGUUGCUAAAGCUGUUGUAGAUGACUACGAUCCAAACCCACAAUACUCAUACUCAUACGGUAUCUCAGACGCUUUAACUGGUGACCAAAAAAGCCAAACUGAAAGCCGAAGUGGUGAUGUUGUACAAGGACAAUACUCUUUAAUCGAACCUGACGGUUCCCAACGUACCGUAGACUACACAGCUGACCCAGUCAAUGGAUUCAAUGCCGUAGUAAGCAAAUCCGCCCCAGCUGUUGCCGUAAAAGCCGCCGUACCAGUAGCUAAAGUACAUGCUGCUCCAGUCGCCUACGCCGCUGCCCCAGCUAUCGCUAAAGUACAUGCUGCUCCAUUAGCAUACGCUGCAGCCCCAGCCCACUACAUCCACUAAUUUAUUAAAUUUAACUUAUUAUCGUAUUUAUAAUUUUGUAAAUAAAU